AUGGACGCCCACAGGCUGAGGAAGAAACCCGCCUCAUCCUUCCUGUUCCUCAGGUUCAAAUUCGACUACACCAACGAGCGGGCCCUGCGGCGCACCCUGCAGGAGGAGAUGGUGAAGGACAUCCUCAGCAACGCACACAUCCAGAACGAGCUGGAGAGGGAGUUUGAGAAGAUGAGGGAGGACCGGGAGGUGCUGAGGGUCAUCUUCCCCACCGGAGACAGCAAGGUGGUUCUCCCCUGCAACUUGCUGCGCAUGAUCUGGAACGCCCAGAAAAUCUUCCACAUCAACACACGGCUGCCCUCCGACCUGCACCCCAUCAAAGUGGUGGACGGUGUGAAGGAACUGAGCAAGAAGCUGGUGAUCGUGAACGGGGACGACCCGCUCAGCAAGCAGGCGCAGGAGAACGCCACGCUGCUCUUCAACAUCCACCUGCGCUCCACGCUCUGCAGCCGGCGCAUGAUCGAGGAGUUCCGCCUCAGCGGGGAGGCCUUUGACUGGCUGCUGGGGGAGAUCGAGUCCAAGUUCAACCAGGCCAUCGCUCACCCAGGCGAGAUGGUGGGGGCGCUGGCUGCCCAGUCCCUGGGAGAGCCCGCCACUCAGAUGACCCUGAACACCUUCCAUUACGCCGGUGUCUCGGCCAAGAACGUGACGCUCGGUGUGCCCCGUCUCAAGGAGUUGAUCAACAUCUCCAAGAAGCCCAAGACUCCCUCGCUGACCGUCUUCCUCCUGGGGCAGUCGGCCCGUGAUGCCGAGAGGGCCAAGGAUAUCCUUUGCCGCCUCGAGCACACAACCCUCCGCAAAGUGACGGCCAACACGGCCAUCUACUAUGACCCCAACCCGCAGAACACAGUGGUGGCCGAGGACCAGGAGUGGGUGAACGUUUACUACGAGAUGCCCGACUUCGACGUCACCCGCAUCUCUCCCUGGCUGCUGCGGGUGGAGCUCGACCGCAAGCACAUGACGGACCGCAAGCUCACCAUGGAGCAGAUCGCGGAGAAGAUCAAUGCCGGCUUCGGGGAUGAUCUCAACUGCAUCUUCAAUGACGACAACGCCGAGAAGUUGGUGUUGCGGAUUCGCAUCAUGAACAGCGACGAGAACAAGAUGCAAGAGGAGGAAGAGGUGGUGGACAAGAUGGACGACGACGUUUUCCUUCGUUGUAUCGAGUCCAACAUGCUGACAGACAUGACCCUUCAAGGCAUUGAGCAGAUCAGCAAGGUGUACAUGCACCUGCCCCAGACGGAUAACAAGAAGAAAAUCAUCAUCACCGAGGAUGGGGAGUUCAAGGCAUUGCAGGAGUGGAUCCUAGAGACGGACGGCGUGAGCCUCAUGCGGGUGCUGAGCGAGAAGGAUGUGGACCCCGUGCGCACCACUUCCAACGACAUCGUGGAGAUCUUCACGGUCCUGGGCAUCGAGGCCGUGAGGAAGGCCCUGGAGAGGGAGCUGUACCACGUCAUCUCCUUUGACGGCUCCUACGUCAACUACCGCCACUUGGCCCUGCUCUGCGACACCAUGACGUGCCGCGGGCAUCUAAUGGCCAUCACUCGCCACGGCGUCAACCGCCAGGACACAGGUCCGCUCAUGAAGUGUUCCUUUGAGGAGACGGUGGACGUGUUGAUGGAAGCUGCCGUGCACGGCGAGAGCGACCCCAUGAAGGGGGUGUCGGAGAACAUCAUGCUGGGCCAGCUUGCCCCGGCCGGCACCGGCUGCUUCGACCUUCUCUUGGACGCCGAGAAGUGCAAAUACGGCAUGGAGAUCCCCACCAACAUCCCGGGCCUGGGAGUGGGCGGGCCCACCGGCAUGUUCUUCGGGUCUGCUCCCAGCCCCAUGGGUGGAAUGUCACCUGCCAUGACUCCGUGGAACCAAGGUGCCACGCCGGCGUAUGGAGCUUGGUCCCCUAGUGUCGGUAGUGGAAUGACUCCCGGCGCUGCCGGCUUCUCUCCCAGCGCCGCUUCAGACGCCAGUGGCUUCAGUCCGGGCUAUUCUCCGGCCUGGUCUCCCACCCCUGGCUCUCCCGGCUCUCCCGGGCCUUCCAGUCCAUAUAUCCCUUCGCCAGGUGGAGCCAUGUCUCCCAGCUACUCCCCAACGUCUCCUGCUUAUGAACCCAGGUCCCCCGGAGGGUACACACCACAGAGCCCCAGCUACAGCCCCACGUCUCCUUCGUACAGCCCAACGUCUCCCUCGUAUUCUCCCACCAGCCCAAAUUACAGCCCAACCAGCCCAAGCUACAGCCCGACAUCGCCUAGUUACUCUCCCACCAGCCCCAGCUACAGCCCGACGUCACCUAGCUACAGUCCCACUAGCCCCAGCUACAGCCCGACGUCACCUAGUUAUUCUCCCACCAGCCCCAGCUACAGUCCGACAUCACCCAGCUACAGCCCCACCAGCCCCAGUUACAGCCCGACGUCACCCAGCUACAGCCCAACCAGCCCUAGCUACAGCCCGACAUCGCCCAGCUACAGCCCCACCAGCCCUAGCUACAGCCCGACGUCACCCAGUUACAGCCCGACGUCACCCAGCUACAGCCCCACCAGCCCCAACUAUAGCCCGACAUCUCCAAAUUACACCCCGACCUCUCCUAGCUACAGCCCAACGUCUCCCAGCUACAGCCCAACGUCUCCAAAUUACACACCCACUUCUCCAAACUACAGCCCUACUUCCCCUAGCUAUUCCCCUACAAGCCCCUCCUACAGCCCCACCUCGCCCAGCUAUUCUCCUUCCAGCCCCCGCUACACCCCGCAGUCACCAACUUACACCCCCUCAUCGCCUAGCUACAGCCCCAGCUCCCCCAGCUACAGCCCGACCAGCCCCAAGUACACCCCAACCAGCCCAUCGUACAGCCCCAGCUCCCCGGAAUACACCCCGACGUCGCCCAAGUACAGCCCAACCAGCCCCAAGUACAGCCCGACCUCUCCAAAGUACAGCCCAACUUCGCCCACGUACAGCCCCACCACGCCCAAGUACAGCCCCACCAGCCCAACCUACUCGCCGACAUCGCCCGUCUACACGCCGACCUCCCCGAAGUACAGCCCCACAAGCCCCACUUACUCCCCAACGUCCCCCAAGUACAGCCCGACCUCGCCCACCUACUCUCCGACGUCCCCCAAGGGCUCCACGUACUCCCCAACUUCUCCUGGCUACAGUCCUACUUCGCCGACCUACAGCCUCACCAGCCCGGCCAUCAGUCCAGAUGACAGCGAUGAAGACAACUGAGAUCCGUCAGGGUGGCAUGAUCUCCCUUCUAGCGAUCUCUGGAAACCGGUGGUUGGCCGGGCGGGGGAAGUCUUGUUACGCGGAGAUACCUUUCCUUUCUGCGUUAUUUUUUUUUUUCCUCAGCAAAGGAGUUUUAAGCUCCACACACUCUGCCACUUUUGGCAUUUUUACCUUUAAAAAAAUCUCUUGUAAAUAAUAAUCUCUCAGACUACCUAAUAAAGCUGCACAUGUACUCUGCGGGAGUAAGCUCAGUUGCAGGUGGGGGUGGGGGGCAGCGCAAAGCAAGAUCCAGCCUCUGCUUGUCAGCCAGAUGAAGAAAUCCAGUCUCUCAUCUUUCUGAGUUGUGGGGGGGUCUGGCUCCCCGAAGGUCUUGUUCGAUUUUGGUGUCCCCCUUUUCCAGCUGCAGAUAUACGAAUGCUUCAUUGUACGUCCGCCAGGAAUUAUUUAUGUUGAAAAUUUUAUAAAAAUUU